AUGCUUUACUCCGCUUUCUUUGCCCUCAUCGCUUCCGCAGUCAUCAUCUCGGCCCGUCCUCUCGUUGGUCGUGAUAACAUUACGGUCAUGUGCAGUGGCAGCGUUCUCGUCGCCGAAGGGGAUACUUGCGCGUCCAUCGCCGCUGCCAAUAAUGUCACCCCGGUUGCAUUCGAAGCCAUUAACAUGGUGAUGAGGACCGAGUUUAGCUGCGACAGUCUUGCGCGUCACCCAGUGACUGGAAUGCGCCUUUGCAUCCCCACGGCCGGAGUCACCGAUCCUGGAGUCGCACCCAACUACGUUGCAUGGUGCAAGGAGAGUCCUUUGACCGAGCCUGGUCAGACCUGCCAGAGUAUUGCCGACGCACAUGGUGUGACACUCCGAGAGUUCUACACUCAAGUUUUGAUGAGAGGCUCGUUUGAGUGCGACCCCGUCCCGCAAGGAACUCGCGUCUGUAUCCCAGGAAGCGGAGCGUCCGAGUCGGGUUCUGGCUCUAGCUCGACGUCUGUUCCCACCUCGACGGCCUGA